AUGUACAGCUCGCCGUUACGUUCUAGAUUCUUCUCUCUUGGUCGAUGUGUUCCUUGUGUACGUGGAGAAGGGGUGUAUCAGAAAGGCAUGGACUUCUGUGUGGAAAAAUUAAACCAUCGCCACGGCUUGGGUCACAUGUUUCCUGAAGGUCGUGUGACGAUGGAGCCACUCCGGUUCAAGUGGGGAGUUGGUCGUUUGAUUGAAGAUGCUGUCGUUCCCCCAAUGAUUCUCCCUAUCUGGUGUACCAACAUGUCUAGCGUCUGGCCAAAUCAUCCGCCUUACUAUCCUCGUUUUGGGCAUAAAGUCGACGUUCAUAUUGGUGAACCCUUCGACUCGAAGAUGCUCUUGGACGAGUUAUCAGAGAAGAAAGGCUGGAGUGUGUUGAAGAGGAGGAAAUUCGUCACGGAUGCUCUUCAAACCGAAUUGUUCAAACUGGGUGAAGCAGUCGGAAACCUCACAAAUGGAACUGCUAUGCGUAUACUCAAAGAAAACUCUAAUGACAACUUUUAG